AUUUUCUCACUUCAUUUCCUUCAUUCUCUCCCUCUAAAAUAAGAUAGAUAAAUACCUAUCGUCUUAAUAAAGGAAGGUAUAGUAGUUUUGGAAAAGAAGACUAGCUACCAGCCAUGGCUCGAGAGCAACUUCAAGUGCUCAGUGCACUUGAUUCAGCCAAGACCCAAUUGUACCAUUUCACGGCAAUCAUCAUUGCUGGAAUGGGUUUCUUUACGGACGCCUAUGAUCUUUUCGCGAUAUCCCUUGUCACAAAAUUGCUUGGGCGUAUCUACUAUCACAAAGACGGUGCACCCAAGCCUGGAACCCUUCCCCCUGGCGUCGCCUCAUCGGUUACAGGUGUCGCCCUUGUUGGAACUCUAUGUGGUCAAUUGUUCUUCGGAUGGCUCGGUGACAAAAUGGGCCGGAAGAGAGUCUACGGAAUGACCUUGGCUAUGAUGGUUAUAUGCUCCCUCGCCUCUGGCCUCUCAUUUGGGAACGAAGCGAAAGGUGUCAUGGCCACCCUUUGUUUCUUUAGGUUCUGGCUCGGGUUUGGGAUUGGUGGUGAUUAUCCACUCUCGGCCACGAUUAUGUCUGAAUACGCUAAUAAGAAGACCCGUGGUGCCUUUAUCGCGGCUGUUUUCGCGAUGCAAGGUUUUGGGAUUUUGGCUAGUGGGGUGGUAGCAUUAAUCGUGUCAGCCUCUUUUGACCACGCGUUUAACGCUCCAUCCUAUGCAACGGACCCGAUAGGGUCCACAGUCCCACAAGCGGACUAUAUCUGGCGUAUUAUUUUAAUGUUUGGUGCCAUCCCGGCUGCCAUGACAUACUAUUGGCGUAUGAAGAUGCCUGAGACCGCCAGGUACACCGCUCUGGUGGCUAAAAACGCAAAACAAGCCGCAGCAGACAUGGCUCGAGUUUUGCAAGUAGAGAUUGAAGCGGAUGAGCAAAAGGUUGAGAAAAUUUCCCAGGAUACUAGCAAUUCAUUUGGAUUGUUUUCAAAGCAAUUCCUACAUCGACAUGGCCUCCAUCUUCUCGGAACCACUUCCACUUGGUUUUUACUCGACAUUGCUUUCUACUCACAAAACCUCUUCCAAAAAGAUGUAUUCACCGCCAUCGGGUGGAUCCCUGCCGCGGCCAAAAUGAGUGCUACCGGCGAGGUAUUCAAAGUGGCUAAAGCUCAAACACUAAUCGCACUCUGCAGUACAGUUCCAGGAUACUGGUUCACCGUCUUUUUCAUUGAUAUUAUUGGGCGUUUCGCAAUCCAACUCAUGGGAUUCUUCUUCAUGACGGUCUUCAUGUUCGCUCUAGCCAUUCCUUACCAUCAUUGGACCUUACACGAAAACCGUUUUGGAUUCAUCAUCAUGUACUCCUUGACCUUCUUUUUCGCAAAUUUUGGGCCCAACGCCACAACCUUUGUGGUCCCGGCUGAAAUCUUUCCGGCCAGGCUGCGGUCCACUUGCCAUGGUAUCUCCGCAGCUGCCGGAAAAGCCGGGGCCAUAGUUGGUGCCUACGGUUUCCUUUACGCUUCUCAGAGUACGGACCCCAAGAAAACGGACGCCGGGUACCCUACAGGUAUCGGGAUAAGAUAUUCUCUCAUUGUUCUUGGUUGUGUAAAUUUCUUGGGCAUGUUGUUUACGUUUUUGGUACCGGAACCUAACGGCAAAUCACUGGAAGAAAUGUCUGGUGAGAACGAGGAGGAAAUGGAGUCUACUAGCUCGAACACAGCUAACCGAACUGUUCCUGUUUGACUUGCAAGAUGGAUAGUUGUAUUAUAUUGUUGUAAUGCAAAAGGUAAUUAAUAUAUCAUGGGAUCAAUUUCACAUACUUAUUACAUUGUGAUCUUUUGUACUACGUGUGAUCACUUUAAGAAUCUCGUAGAGAUUCAAAAAGGGCCGGGCAACUACAUAUACCCUUUUGCUUGUAUCUACUCUGUUUCGAUGUAUUACUUUUGUGUAUUCUUUUCCUUUUAUUUUAAUCAAAUUUGUAACCAA